CCAUGACGUCAGUGAUCUUCAGGUCGGAGUCCUAGAAAGAUGCUGAGUGUCCGACUUGGAAUUCCGAGUUGGAUGACCAUUCCGAGUUCCCAGUUGUCUUGAAAGCUCGGAAGUCAGAGAUUUCCUAGUUCACAGUUGUUUUGAAUGCGGCAGUAGCAAGACUAGCAGAGUUUCCACUAGAUACCACAGCCAUCUUUAGUCAUGAUUAGAUCAUAUUUUAGAUUAGUUUAAUAGUCACAUGUACAGGGUUGCAGAUGUAAUUACAGGCUACAGUGAAAGGGGGAGAAGAUAGCUGAUUUAGUGUUGGCUAUUCAGCAGCCUGAAGGUCUGGGGGUAGAAGCUAUUGGCCAGUCUUACAGUUUUUGCCAUGAUGCUCAUAUUCUGUCCUCGUUUGAGUGAUUGAAACGGGGAGAACAGGCCAUAGCUUGGGUGGCUGGGGUCCCUGAGAAUCUUCUAGGCCUUCCUGCAACACUUGGUGUAGGUGUCCUGGAGGGCAGGUUGAGUGUACCACCCACUGUAGCGCCUUGCGUUCCCUGGUGGUGGAGUUGCAGACAGACAGUUUAAUCUCGAUGGUGUUCCUGUAGAACACUGUGAGGGCCCUCGGGACAUGCUGAAUUUCUUCAGCAUCCUGAGAUUAAAUAGUCGCUGUCGUAAAAAUGUAUGAAAACUAAAAUGAGCUUUUUGGUCUUAAUGUUAGGGUUAGUAGUGUGGUUAAGGUUAUGUUUAAAAUCUUAGCAACCAGGAAAUGGCAGAGCAAUUUCUGCAAAGUGCAACUUUAUGUGUUUCCCUUAAAGGCUUACCUUAAUAAUAAUGUUACCUUACCUAAGGGAAUUGUUUAAGGGUAUUGCAUAUAGUCCCUCAAACAUUUCCCAAGAUAAGGUAAUCAUUUAAGGGUUUAAGGUUCGAGUAGUGCAGAAGUUGUCAUAUGCUGAGGCAGUGAAGAAAGUAGAGGAAGAUGGGUCAAGGGAGAGGGAUCCUGAGAGGAGUGGUGUGAAUAGUAGAUCUGUAGCAGUACAGAGGGAUAGGCCAACAAGUGAUAUGUGUUUCAGUAAGAUUGGAUUUUUAGCAUUUAUAGUAAUGGUUAUCAACUACUGCAGGGAUGGACAUAAGUCGCAGAAAAUUGAGAUUGUGGUGGCAGCUGCAGAGAAGUAUUUGGUUGUGUGAGAAGAGUUACAGGGUGUGUUUAAGUGGUGAUGUCCCAUCCUUGCAGGUUGGUGGCAUGAGGUAGGACUAAAUAGUGGAGUAGGGUGGUGUUAUUUUUAUUUUAUUUGUUAGAUUUCUUUGUGAGUGUCAUGUUAGAUGGUAGGGUAUUUGUUUAUUUAUUAUUUCAAGCAAAGUAUAAGGGAGUUGUACUCCAGUCUAGUAGGUGGCGGUAAUGCAACAUAUUGGAUGCCAACCGCCGUUAAACCUCAUUGAAGAAGCACUCUUAUCGAAUAUUCAAACAUGUCUUACAAUAAUGAGAUGUACCCAAACUUAAGGAAAGCUUUGACUAUGUACAGACUCGAUAGCCUUGCUAUUGUGAAGGCCGGGGUAUGCAGACCUGGCUCUCAAGAGAAGACAGAGAAGACUAUGUGUACACUGCCCACAAAAUUAGGUGGAAACAGAGCUGCACUUCCUAACCUCCUGCAAAAUGUAUGACCAUAUUAUAGACACAUAUUUCCCUCAGAUUACACAGAUCCACAAAGAAUUUGAAAACAUACCCGAUUUUGAUAAACUCCCAUAUAUACUGGGUGAAAUACCACAGUGUGCCAUCACGGCAGCAAGAUGUGUGACCUGUUCCUGUUGCUGCAAGAAAUGGGCAACUAGUGAAGAACAAACACCCUUGUAAAUACAACCCAUUUGAAUGUUUAUUUUCCCUUUUGAAAUUUCACUAUUUGCACAUAGUUACAACAUUAUAAAUACAUAAUAUGACAUUUGAAAUGUCUUCAUUCUUUUGGAACUUCUGUGAGUACAAUGUUUACUGUUAAUUUUCAUUUUUUAUUUAACUUUUGUUUAUUAUCUACUUCACUUGCUUUGGCAAUGUUAACAUGUUUCCCAUGCCAAUAAAACCCCUUAAAUUGAAAUGUAUCCACCAAUCCAAAGGAAGGAUAGCCGGGAGCUGGACAGGCCGACAUGCCGCUUUGUGGACAAUGCCUCUCAUUGUUAGGGCGGAGAGACAUGUAUCUUCCCAGUAUAUCCAUAAUCUUUGAUUCAAUUGAAGGAAACUUGAAUUAAAAGAUGAGAACAUUAAAUAUGUUUCAUGCAACUGGGCCCAGAGUUCUCGCUGAAACUGCCUCAGACACAUGCGAAGCAGUAUCACGCGAGAACUCGAUGUAAACAAACAAAUCUGUGUGGUUCGAAGUCGGGCUUUGUGUCAUGGUGAGCACGUUCACGACAGGGUCAUUAUCUGUUGUGACUCAUGCAAAUAACAUGUAGCUGUUGAUCAAAUAUAACAAUCACCCCCAAAAUAAUCUGCGAGAGUCCUCAAAAUUAUCAUGGGACAAACAGGGUAUUAUUAUUCACUCUGAUUGGUCGAGGACCUACAACACCCGCCUCUGUCGUACACUGAUUGGCUUGGUGAACGCAGCGAGGGUCCUACCAUUGGUCUUUAACUCUUCCACGUCUUUCCCACUGUUUUAUGGCAAUUGUUUAGGAGAUUCGUUGAACUAACAAGCUAGCUAGACAACACACUAGAAUAAAGACUUGGAGACAGAAUGGCAUCAGAAUCUCCACGCAGACCAAGCCGCUGUGCUGGAGGGGUUGUGGUGCGAGCACAAGCUGCCACUGAGCAGUCGUAUAUGGAGAGUGUUGUGACCUUCCUCCAAGAUGUGGUCCCUCAGGCAUACACUGGCGCACCCCCAACUGAUGAAAAAGAGAAAAUAGUUUGGGUCAGAUUUGAGAAAGCCGACAUCAAUGAUACAUCCCGCUCCCCAGAGUUCCUGGAGAUGCACAGUGGCAGCAGUGACCCUCCCCUCUGCCUCAUGAUUGGUUAUGCAGACGGGAUGCAGAUAUGGAGCAUAUCCCUGGGUGGGGAGGCCCAGGAGCUUUUCUCUGUGCGCCACGGACCUGUGAGAGCUGCCCACAUCCUGCCAGCGCCCCAUAUCAGUCCGCUGAUGAUUGAUAGUUUUGCGGACAAAAGGCCUCUCCUGGGGGUGUGCAAGAGUACCGGGUCCUCGGGGACCAGCCCCCCAUACUGCUGUGUGGACCUGUACUCUCUGAGGACAGGGGAGAUGGUCAAGUCCAUCCAGUUCAAGACGCCCAUCUACGACCUGCACUGCAAUAGGGAGAUUCUAGUUGUCGCCCUGCAGGAGAAGAUUGCUGCAUUCGACAGCUGUACCUUCACCAAAAAGUUCUUUGUUACAAGCUGCUUUCCAUGUCCGGGCCCCAACCUAAACCCCAUAGCACUGGGAGGACGCUGGCUAGCCUACGCUGAGAAUAAGUUGAUCCGGUGUCACCAGUCUCGAGGCGGUGCCUGUGGGGACAAUGCCCAGUCUUACACAGCUACUGUCAUCAGCGCUGCUAAAACCCUAAAGACUGGUCUCACCAUGGUGGGGAAGGUGGUGACCCAGCUAGCUGGUACUCUACCCACUGGCACCCCCGACGAGGAGGGUGCUACCCCCCACAGCACCACCCGCCGAAGCCCCCAUGCCCCCGGAGUAAUCACCGUCAUUGACACACACAACGUCGGAGAGGGACAGGUCCUGGUGAGUGAGGACUCCGAUGGAGAGGGAGUGGUGGCCCACUUCCCAGCCCAUGACAAACCCAUAUCCUGCAUGGAAUUCAACCCCAGCGGUAUGCUGCUGGUGACUGCAGACACCCUGGGCCAUGACUUCCAUGUGUUCCAGGUCCUCACACACCCCUGGGCCUCCAACCAGUCUGCUGUCCACCACCUCUACACACUGCACCGCGGAGAGACUGAGGCCAAGGUCCAGGACAUCUGUUUUAGCCAGGACAGUCGCUGGGUGGUGAUCAGCACACUGCGUGGCACCUCCCACGUCUUUCCCAUCAACCCCUACGGUGGUGCGCCUUGCGCCCGCACUCACAUGUCCCCCCGCGUGGUCAACCGCAUGUCCCGCUUCCAGAAGAGUGCAGGGCUGGAGGAGAUAGAGAAUGAACUGAACAGCAAGCAGGCUGGAGGAGGGAGAUGCAGCCCCAUCCCUGGGCUCUCCAGCAGUCCCUCGGGGUCCCCACUACACGGAGCAAAAUGCAGAAAGAAAAGAGAAAAUAGAGCUAAACUCACCAGCCAGGAGUCGUACAACAACUUCACCAACAACAACAUGGGUAACCCUCGUCUGUCCCCUCUGCCCAGCCUCACCAUAGUGCUGCCCCUGGCACAGAUCAAGCAGCCCAUGACCCUGGGCACCAUGACCAAGCGCUCCGGACCUUACCUCUUUGGGGCAGGAUGUUUUGCCAUUAAAACUCCAUGCAAAGCCAAGCCUCUCCCUCAGAUCUCCCCCAGUAAGUCCAGUGGAGGAGAGUUCUGUGUGGCUGCUGUCUUUGCUGCCUCACGCUCAUGGUACAUGACCAACCCCAACAUGAAGAGAGAGAAAGACCAGUCCAGCCGGUCAGUGGUGGAGUCCCUCUACAUCCUCAGUUGCUAUGGCACCCUGGUGGAGCACGUCCUGGAGCCUCGGCCAAUCAGCACGGCCCAGAAGAUCAGCGAUGACACACCCCUGGAGCUCAACACAUGUCCACGGGCCUGCUGGAGCCUGGCCAGGACUCCACUGUGGAAUGAGCUGCAGCCUCCCUUUCUCUCCAACCACCCUCUGGUGCUGGCCUCUGACCUGGUGCAAUAUUACCAAUACCUCCUGGCUGGAUUGGUGCCCCCUGGAAGCCCUGGCCCUAUCACGCGCCACGAGUCUUAUGACAGCCUGACGUCGGACCACAGCGGACAGGAGGACGAGGAGUGGCUCUCACAGGUGGAGAUAGUCACCCACACAGGGCCUCACCGUCGGCUGUGGAUGGGUCCUCAGUUCCAGUUUAAGACCAUCCACCCAUCUGGUCAGACUACGGUCAUCUCCUCCUCCUCCUCCGUGCUGCAGUCCCAGGGCCCCAGCGACAUUCAACAGCCUCUGUUGGACUUUCACACUGAUGACCUGGACCUACACAGUCUCAGGAUCCAGCCCGUGCGUUCUGAGCCGGUCAGCAUGCCUGGUUCCUCUCGGCUGGUGGCUGAACGGAGGGGACAGGGGACGGUCAUUGAUAUAGGAUCGGGGACGUUUGACCGCAGUGUGACCCUGCUGGAGGUGUGUGGAAGCUGGCCAGAGAGCUUUGGCCUGCGUCACAUGAGCUCUGUGGAGUCCACCGAGGAGGGGCUGAGAGAGAGGCUGGCAGACGCCAUGUCAGAGUCACCAUCCAGAGACAUAGUGGGCUCGGCUACCGAGCUCCAGAGGGAGGGCAGCAUUGAGACUCUCAGCAACAGCUCUGGUUCCACCAGCGGCUCCAUCCCCCGUAACUUUGAGGGCUACCGCUCUCCACUGCCCACCAACGAGAGCCAGCCCCUCAGCCUCUUCCCCUCCGGAUUCCCCUAGAGGAGACCAGGAGACAGCCUGCCUACCGCCCUACAAGACCUGGUGUCAAAUACUAUUUGAUAUCUUUCAAAUGCUUUGAGAGUUUGCUUUAGUCUGCCUGGAAUCCCUGAUGGGAGGGGACUACAUUUUGGAGACUGUUCUAUUGGUUCCAUUACGCCAGACAAGCUCAAUAAAUCCCAGAUAAAGUAUUUGAAAUUAUUUCAAAAAGUAUUUGAACCCAAGUCUGCUAACUACUGUCCAUCCUAGCGCUUCACACAGCACAGCCGGACAGUCUUGAUGGUCUCUCACCAUGUUGAUAUUCAUUAGGAUGUUAUUGUGAGCAGUGGUCCCCUCCUCUCUCUCUCUCUCCAAAUCCAGGAACUGUCCAGUGUUUCUCCCACCUGCCGAUGUGUUUAUGCUUAUGUGUGUGUGUGUGGGGGGGAUAAUGUGUCACAACGAGUGUGUUUCAUUUUGGGUGUGUGUGCUGAGGCCGGGUGUAUUGAGUGAGCAGUGUGUGACUCAGUCCCUCCUGUGUGUGUGUGUAUAAAAAGUACUCUGAUGAUCAUGGGUGUCCCAAAUGGCACCCUAUUUCCUAUAUAGUGCACUACUUUUUUGCAACAGAAAAGAGGUCUGUGCUUUAAUCAAAUAAAAGGCUUAUUCCUUUCUUGUAUACACACACCUCAAACAAAAGCACACGCUUGUACGCUGAAUAAUUACUUUGCCAACUUGCUUUUCUUAGUGAAUGAGUCAUUGCUGGACUUGACCAGACCACAUAGGACUUGAUAUGAAGUCUGAUCUGAUACACUAGUGAGAACAGAAAGAAAGGCUUAAAACAGACUGAAUAAUUGGUCACUAAUUCUGUGUUAAAAACACGAUACAAUCCUAGUCCUUUGUCUGGGGAAUGGAUGACUGGCUGACUAUAGGGGUCUGUUCUGAAAAAUGCAACGUUACAGGACUUUCGGGUAGAAAUACAUUUUAUAGAUCAGAUAUGUCCUGUAGCAUAAGGAGUCAUUGCAGAUCUAUAUAUUAUAUUUAUAUCUGCAAUGUUUCACCCUAUUGAACACAGCCAUGUUCCCGUAAUUCUGCAUGUUGAAUGAGUCGAUGGCUACUGAUGCUUGGUCACUGGCUAAUGUAACAUAAAAGGGUCAUGAUUAAUUGAUCCUUUUUAAUGCAGAACACAUGCUUAUUAAUACAUUUUCACUGUAAUAUUGAUUUUGUACAAUACUGAGUAGUUAUUUGCUAUACAUUCGUGUUAAUGAAAUACUGAAGACUUGGAAAAUAGUUUGCUGUGUUAUAUUAUCACCCCUGGAUAUUCAAUUAUUUCAUAUAUACUAAGUAAAUAUAACAGCUGCAUAGUCAUUGUUUUAAUCACGUGUACAAAAGUUUGCAGCUUGUGCUUCUGUAAAUGUAAAGAGACUUCUCGUUUAAUUUAAAGAAAAUAAAUUAACCACACCAAAGCCAGUACACAUUUUCUGCCAGUUUAUUGUGGAAAAGCAGACUGUGAAUACAACACUCUAAAACUUAUCUGACACUCAGAACAAGAAUCAAAUGAACUACAAAAUGUUCAAGAAUCAAAAAUCAGUACAAGACUAAUUGAUGUAGGGCCCCUAUUUUUAAAUGCAUUUCACUUACCUUAGACAGGAGCAAAACCAGGCCAGAGACUGAAACAAUGGCCAUGUGAAUGUGUUUGAGCAGGCAUACUCAGGCCAACAAGCACUGGCUCUGCUCUUGCCUUCAGGUUGUUUGCCCCAUAGAAAAAUAAUGAAUUGAAUGGGCUUGGAACUUCUAACCCUGGCAUUUUUGAUUGGUAAACACAUGGGUACACUUACAGUGGCUGCCUGGUAAUGUGAUGCAAUCAUUUCCAUGUUCAUUCAAACUAAUGUAUUUUUUUGUAAUGUCAGUUUAAUCAACAAAUUACAGCACAUAUGACUUGUCCACCCAUAGAGUACCACAGUAUGAGUCAUAUACCCAUAACUAGCGGUCAAACAGGGAAAUGGUUCAAAUCAUUUUUCCACCAUUCAUCAUCAUUCAUGGGGGAUUUUAUAAACACUUAAAAUAAGGGCUGUGUUUCAUGUAGGGUUACCCUGGUGUGACGUUUUGAUAACCGUGUAAAUCUGUCUAGGACAGGGUUACUUUUAUCAAUAAUUUGCCUGUCUCCCGGUCACAGCCGGCUGGGAUCGAACCCGAGGCUGUAGUGACGCCUCAGCACUGCCCUUUUGCCAGUUUUAAAUUGACACAAUACCUGAUAGCAGAGGUGUCAGCUAGAGAUGACGUGCAGGAGCUUGCAGAGAUUUGUAGUUUUGCGUGACGUCUACUUUGAAGCUAAUUAGCAUUUUUGAAUCUUGAGAGUAAAUAGAGCCAAAUAUAUUGAUAAGUCACCUUGUCCGAGAGAGAUUUACAUGGUUAUCAUAACAUCACACCAAAGUAAGCCUACAAGAAACACAGCCCUAAUUUUAAGUGUUUCUAAAUUCCCCUAUGGGAAAAAUUAAUGAUGGAAAAAACGAUUGGAACCAUUUCCCUGUCUGACCACUGGGCCCUGCAUGCCAAUGUCUCUCUGAGUCUGAGGGAACCAUGCCCAGGCCAGUGCCCCAGCUGGCACCUCUACCAGGGGUAGGGGCCUGUUAAAGGAGGGCACACCUUAGCUGUUUCACUCUGUUUCAAAACGUUGUCUGCCUCCUGAACAUGACCCUGGUUUUUUACCCUCCUCUCCUGUGACAGUCGCCAUUUAUACCCAUCCUCCUCUGCCAGCAAACUCUGUGAAUAGAUAGAGCAGCGAGAGGAGAGACAAGGUUGGCACCAGAAGAGAAGCCAUAUUGAUACAUAGCUAGCUACAACCACUUGUGGACAGGUUUGCUAAGCUUUUGCUAACAUUGUUUUUCUCAAAAUCACAGAAAAAAAUUCACUGCCCAAAGAACGCAAAUUACAGAGCAAAAGUAAUCUCUAUCCAACCUCAUAUACUGUAUUUCUUUAACUUUGUGUGAUUUAUUUGUGUACAUAUCUGUGUCUUAAAAUGUGAUGGAAUUUGUUGUUCACUUAUAUUCAAUAAUUUAUCAGACUGUAAUAGCAUUAUAAUGUGUGUACAAUACAAAACAUUUAACAAUAUCAGAUCUGAAAUAGUAUUUUGAUUGCUGUCAUUUAAUUGUUGUCAUCCUCUCAACUAAAUAGACUAGGAAGACUUACAUUGUUAGCCAAUAUGUAUGUUAGGCAAGUAAAAUUCCCUCUUUUUUAAUCACUUAUAAUUAUUUUCCUUUCCUCAGUGCACUCUUUUGAUCCACAAAGGAGACAAGUAGAUAUAAAAUAGGUCUACUUCGAAUUAAUUUAUAGUGCCAGCCAUUUGAAACCAAUCAAAGGCAAUACCAUGUAUUAUAUCCUAUUGUUCGUAUGAAAAUAACAGAAAAAUAUAUUGGGAAAUGCCGUGGUCAUUGCAGGUAUGUUGAUGACAUUUUAUGACCUUUUAGUGAAUAAAACAAAUGUCACUAAACAAUUACAAUUCGCAUAGGGCUAUUAUUAUUGUUAAUUUAAUGUACAAAUGUAAUGUUAAUAGCCACUUUUCAGAUCAUGCUUUUCAAUCGUCUAACAGGAGGCGAAUACUUUUUUUAUAACCUAACAGUUCUGUGUUGUUUACAUUGCCAAAGUGUCCAAUGAAAAUGUUUUAUGCAUCAAUGAUUUUAUUCAAACGAAACGCUUCCUCAUAAACUGAGGACCCCAAUCGCCUGAUUCUGAGCAAGAUUAUAGCCUGCCUAUGUGUACACUUAUUUCUAAUUCAAUGAUAGAGACCAUCGUGUGAGCGGUUACGUUCGAAAUUGAACACGGGAAAGUGCUUUCCUUGCUAAAUGAAAGUAUGUCUGAAAUAAAUGUAAUUUCCCCCUGACCCAAGUAAUUUCAUAUCGCUUCUGUAUAUAAUACGAUUCAAUGUAUUCGGUCGCAUGAGUUGAAAAUUGAAUUUUGAAUCACUGUCAACAAGUUCAACUCUGUUAAAUCAACACGAGUUUGAUAGGACUGUAGCCCAUAGUAGAGAGCAACAAGGCUAUUUUCAGGGGAACUGAGUGCAUGUCAAACAUAAUAGCCAGCCUCUCCAUGUUGUGUUGCAACAUCACAUCAAAUUGAUCAAGGCUGUUAUAGAGUUACGUUCCUGAACAGAAAUUGAUAUGCUAUGUGCACAUAUAUGUUGUCAAUAGGACAUUAAGUCUACACUUGUUGUAUUCGACGCAUGUGACAAAUAAAGUUUGAUUUGAUUAA